UAAAAAUCGCUCUGAAACGGAAAAAUGAUGAAAAUAGUGAUACAGUGAGAUAAUCCCAGGGGAAUACUAAACCCAUAUCGGCGGGAAAAGAGUGAACUUGAGGCAAGGCCAGACUUAAAUCAUAGAAUUCGCCACUGAAAUGCGGGCCAACAAGUGGCGCGUGGGCGUCUGAAGUGGCAGUUAUGGCCAUAAACGCAAAUAUGUACGUUCGCGUAAGCAGGUAUUGACUGUGAGUGUCGCUCAAUAAACAUGCUGGCAGUAAAAUAGCAGCCGCAGCAGUCGCACAGUCGCAGCUGCCGAAUAGAUGUGCAAUAUUCAAGAGCUCCAGCUCCGGAUCCGUAGGUUGGACGCCGCUGGCCGGUGAUGUAAGCUCCGGUUCUGGCUUGUCAGUUUACCGACUACCUACCGCUUACCGACCACCGCUCACCGUCGUCUAACCGCCGUCUGUAGAAUGUAAAGCUUCUGCAGGUCGCGAAAAACUCGCCCACCCACUGCCACUGGCGGCAAAAGCGUCAUCGCUGCACAGUGAUCUCUGCGAAGUUCGAUCUUCGAUCUUGCACGCAAUGCGCAACAGUCGCAAAUCGAUCGACGGGGAAUGCCAUUCUUUCCAGCUGAAAGCGGCCAGGAUCAGCAUGCAGGAACUGACGAGAGUCUGCGACCUGAACGGCAAUACUGGCAAGGCGGAGCUAAUGCCAGUUGCUCCAGCCACCAACAAUCUGGACCAGCUGCUGCCCAACAUAAAGCUGGAGCAUGAUCCCGACCUGGAGUGCUGGCUGCCCACGCCGGAGCAUCCGCAACUCCGGCUGGACCUGAACAGUACUCGUCUGCUGCUGCAGGGCUCGGACGAUCCGCUGAUCUCGCAUGGCUCCACCAACGACGGCCACGACGAGGACCAUCCCUUCAAGACGCUGCUGGCGCGCAAAAGUGCCGGCCACGAGACACCGCACAACGGCACCUGCAGUCCGCUGACCAAGCAGCAACUGAAGGCCAAUCUGCUGAUGGGCAGCCGAAAGGCCAACAGGCAAGCACAGGUGGAGCCCCCUGCACCGACCCCCCAAAAGACAGUGAAACCAGUUCAAAGUCAAGGACAAAACCGAUCCCGAAAGCGAGGCAACGAGGCGGGCGCCGUGAAGUUGCGAUUCCACCACCAGGCCUUGCCCGCCGAAUACGCCGCCCACUACGAGGCCACCCAAGGUCGUCAGCCCGCAAGGCCGGUGCUGCCGCCACCACCUACUCCACCUCUUCCUCCGCCGCCGCCGAGUCAGGCGCACGAGAACGUGCGCAGCUGGCUGCGGAAGAUUGCCGAGAUCCAGCGCAGUGCCGAGCGCCAGCAGCAGAAGCAGUCCAGCACUCCCAGGACCAAUGCUCCAGCCUCGCGAUCUUCACCCAUUGCAGCCACGUCAGUGGUGCCGGCUAAAGGUGCGGAGGUAACAACCACCGCCACCUCGAAGAGAAGCUCCCUGAAGUAUGCUGACCUGCCCUACAUGGGUGAGAUUACGCUGGACAACUACAAGCCACGACGCGGGCGGAAGCCCAAGAAGGCGGACAUCUGCCACCUGAUCUACAAGAACUACGGCACCAUUGUGCCCGCCUCGGUGGCCGAGAUGCCGGUCAGUGCUGCGCCGCCGGACUCAACGGCCACAAUUGCGAUGCCGCCCGAGGAGCCACUGAAUCUCUGCCUGCGCGAUCAGAGCGGCGAUCGCUUCUCCAUCUCCAGCGGCGACAGUGAGAAGCCCACAACGAGGACCACGCCCACAACAACCACGGCCACGACGGAUUGCGGCAGCUCCUCGCACCGGACCACGCCACUAGGUUUGGGGAAACCCCUUACCUUGGAGCUGGCCGGGAGCGAGGAUCAGCCGAUGUCCGCGGCCAAGUUGCUGCUGCAGCCAGUGGGCCUGUACUACCAGCAGCUGGUGGAGUCCUGCCACCUGGGCGGCAUGCCCGUACCCCUGGAGACCAUCGAGAAGGACAACCAGCUGUCCCUCAAGAUACCCAUACCGAGUGGGUUCUUUGCCAACGAGACUGCUCCGCUGGCCAUGCGCAAACGGAAGCGGUCGGCCAUCUUCAUCCCGCCCAUGCCCGCCGAGCACUCGUCCAGUCCCUCCAACGAGGUGAGCAUCUGCAAGUUCAAGUUCACCGGCGGGGCCAAGCCCACGCUGCAGGAGAAGAAGAUGCUCUCGGUGGAUGCGGAGGGUAACUACCGGUAUUACAACGGCACCGGCGACAAGACGAUGCGCGGCUACGAGUUCAUCUCCCGGGAUCAGCAGCAACAACUCCAGCAGACUCAGCAGAAUCAGCCCAAUCAGCAGGGACAAAGUCAGGAGAAGCUCUACGUGGAUAUACCACCCCCGUCGACGGACCUCAGUCCGGAACUCCUGCAAAUAUCGCCGGAGUCGCCGACUUCGACGCUGCUCCUGCCCAGCAGCAACCACGUGGCGCCACACAGUCCGGUCUCCCAGUGCUCCAGCUCGCAGAGUCCCAUGCCCAAAUCUACGGCGGAUAGCGAGCGUAAGCGGCGAUCCUCGAGGCGGUCGAAGCAGCGCGAGAAGCUGGAGAAGACCUUCAAGGAGAAGGGCUUCCUCAUCCAGACCCAGCAGCUUCAGUCCGCCGAGGGUGCCACCUACUGCAAGUUCCGCCAGCUGAAGAAGUUCACGCGCUACCUAUUUCGCAACUGGAAGGAUCACAUACCGGAGAGCGAUCUGGCCAAGCACCAGAGCGGUGGACGGGAGGAUACUCUGCAGAGUCAGGACCAGGCCACAUAGGUCCUCCCUCGAGGAGAGCCCGAUCCCCCAGCCAGCCAACCAUAAAGCACUGCCAAAGAUUUAGUUUAAGACGAGAUGAGAUUGGCGUUGCCAAUGGAGGAGGGUGGAGCGCAAGCACAAGCAGAAGCACACCAUCCCAUGCCGAUUCCGUCCAUGCGGGCUGCCCCAGAACGCGAUCAAUGAUCCUCAGCCACGCUUCCUAGUCGUUCAUCAGUUUUUCUAGUGCCUAAUGAAGUGUUAUUGUUAACAAAUAAACUCAAUGUUUAACCAUAAAA